AAUAAAAUGGAGUAUACGGAUAUUGCUGAAGUGCGCUCUGGAUGGUCUCAAUCCCCACGGAAUGCCCAACCUCUGCUAAACAUUCAGAGUCUCAGGAUGUUUAACUGGGUGGUGAAGGUUGUGCCACAUCCUCCUGAUACACAGGAAGAUCUGGGGGAGGAGGCGAUCACAUCGAAUGGGAAAACAUCAAAUCGAGAUAAGUUCAGUUCAUCCAAAACAUGCAGGGAGGAAGACCAAUCAUCUCAAACAUCAAAAGAUAGUGUUCAGAGUGGUAUGUUGAACUGGAUCUCCAACGGUUUUGCAAGCACACUGCCCCAGCCCGGGAGUCCUCUUCUUACGAGAGCCAACUCUGAUGCAAAAUCGCUUCAGAAUGAAGGUUCUGUAGACAGGGCUGGAGUUAUUGGCUGGAUCUCACAGGGAAUUGGAAAAGUGGUCCCACAGCCUGAUGGGAAAUACAUACAGGAAAAGACAACAGAAUCUGAAGACGUCACAGAGGUUUAUGAGGCAAAGGACCUCCCAGAUCAGGAGCCUUUGCCACAUAUACCAGUAGUAGAACUGAUGUCAGAAGACGAGGCGUCUGAUGUGGAACCAACCGCUCAGUUCCCUCCUAAUGUAAUGAGCUGGAUAAAGAGUGGCUUCCAGAAUGCUAUUCCACACCAUGUGAACAGACCCCCAAAUUCCAGUUCGUCCACACCGAGGUCAUCACAGUGCUCAAACAAAGUUUAUUCACCUCCUCCAGAGUCAGUAACCAGCGUGACAGAGAUCGAUUCAAAAACUCCCAGUAUGAUGGGUUGGAUUGUUCAGGGUCUGGGUCUUUCAAUGCCACAACCGGUGCUUAAAAACAAAGAAGGAUGUUCGGAGGACGGGAAGAUUGUGCAAAAUGCAGGCAGUGUUCAGUCAGCUUCUGCAGACCUCGUUCUUGAAGAGGUUGACUCUGAAGAUGACGCUCAAGAAAAGGAAACAUGUCCAACCGGGAACUCACCGCCAAAUUCACAACCUCAGUCCCAACCACAAACACCGUGGUCACCAGAACAAUCUCUUCCACUGAGUGUCACCACACCCUCACAAGCACACAUAGAACUGGAGGACGCAGAGACCCAAACUGCACGAUGGACACCCAUGAUUGAGAGCAUCAGGAGAGAGGCGGAGGACACCGCUAUAUUAAUUAUGGAGGAACGGUUGAUACAUGAGCGUCUGGCGAUGGCACGAAUGGCAGAAGAGGUGGCACGUCAGACAGCAGAGAUGGCUGUCAGGGAGUUGGCACAGGCCCGGUUUGGCAUUCAGACCAUUGCAGAAGAGCCAGAUGAUGAUGAUCAAGAAUUACAAGUGCUGCAGGAAGAGGAAAGUGAUGUAGAAGUCAUACGGAAUCAAAUUGCAGAGUGUCAAGUACCUUCAGUUAAAGAGUUUGUUCCAGAAACACAAGAGGCAGAGGCUAUAGACACUGCGGUGACUGUUGAAACCCCUGUGGAGGAGUUCAAGUCCUCUUCACCUCUACAGGAGGAAUCAGAGCCUGAACCUGAGCCUGAGCCUGAGGAGCUUACGAGGAGGAGGAGCCCAGCGACUCCAGUGAAGCCGAAGAAGAACCUGAGCCGAUCACUCAGCAACCUCAAUCCAUUACCAGCACCUCUGUUUCACAAACUGAUUCACCGGUGGAGAGUACAGCUCCUGAAGAGGAAAGCAGUGGCCCUUGACAACUUCAACCAAUUCUUGAAAGACAUCGAUGUCACUUUGCCUAAAGUGCCUUCCAUGCCCAAUCUGCCCCCUACUCUCUCUCAAAUCACCCAACAGCUGCCGUCACUUCCUCCUCAACUGGCACAGCUCCCUCAACAAAUUUCCCAGCGAUUCUCCAAAAUCACCCCACAAUUCCCAAACCAGACGCUUUUUAGUGCUCCCAGCUUCCCCGUGCAGUUAUCCAGCCUCCCACAACAGCUGUCCAAAAUACCACAACAAAUAUCCAGCCUCCCGCAAAAGCCAGCAUUCCGCAGAAGAUCUCCAGCAUUCCACAGUGUGCCCAGCAGUGCUACUCUAACAUUCAGAGCCGGCUCAACAAACUUAAGCCGGAACAGGAUGCCCAAGGAGCAACCACAGAAGACUAGGGAUCUGGAGUUGGACCGUCUUGUUCACCAGUCCCCACUCCAUUCCCCCCGUACCCCUUCACCCUCUUCCCCAAGCUCUGUUCUAGACCUGCCCAAUGUGCCCUCUUACCCCCGUCUGCCACCCAUCACCCCUUCCAGGCAGUUGUCAGGUGUCCCCAACCCUGCCUUCCACAUUGAGGACGACCCCACCUCUGCUAGACCCACAGUGAGCUCUACACUGAGUGUGCACCCGGCCGUGAAUGUGGAAGAUGUUGACUCCGACCAAGGGAAAGUAGGAAGGAGAUCCCGUCCCAUACCACCAAUAAUAAACCCACAGGACCCCAACCUCAAAACCCUCACUGUCCCUGGUGCCCGUAAAGCUAACCGGACAAGUGUAUGCAGAGACAGACAACCACAGACAGUUUGGACCAAGAUCAAGAGACUUUACUCACAAGAUGAUGAGGAAGAGGAGGAAUUAGAAACUGCAGUCCGUGCCUGGCCAAGCCAGAGUACCACCUCGAGCGCAGAUGAUGGGCUAAAUCAACGGCCAGCCUCUUCAGCCAGCCAAACUAGUAAUGUAGUAAAUGAGAGGUUACAGGAGCUGGUCAAGCUGUUCAAAGAGAGAACAGAGCGAGUCAAAGAGAAGCUGAUUGAUCCAGAUAACUCAGAUGAUGAAACACCACCUGCCUCCCCAGCUAAGCAAGCUCCAGUUCCUCCUCCUGAACCUCCAGCAGAGCAGAAACCAGAGCAGGAGGCGGCCGAGGCCCCUGCUGAGAAAGAAGAGGAGAAAACAAAGCUCCUGUGCCAUAAAGUGAAACCUCGGUCCAGGAUUGGUCGGCUUCUGCAGUACCGUUUUCCAUCCAGCAUUGACCCUUUCACUAGUCUGAUCUACGUGCUUUGGCUGUUUUGCGUGUCUUUGGCGUUUAACUGGAAUGCGUGGAUGAUUCCUGUGCGUUGGGCAUUUCCAUAUCAAACACCGGAUAACAUCCAUGUGUGGCUGUUGAUUGACUACUUAUGUGAUGCCAUCUAUAUACUGGACAUCCUGGCCUUUCAACCCAGACUGCAGUUUGUGCUUCAUGGGGACAUUGUGACUGGCAAGAAAGAGAUGAGAAAUAAUUACAUCAAAGCUGUACGAUUCAAGCUGGAUGUGGUCAGUCUGCUUCCUCUGGAGCUUCUGUACUUCAAAACAGGGAUUAAUGCACUUCUCCGCUUACCCAGGAUCCUAAAGUUUAUGUCUUUCUUUGAGUUUAACAAGCGUCUGGAAGCUAUACUGACCAACGCUUACGUCUACAGAGUUAUUCGAACCACCACCUACCUACUGUAUGCCGUCCACUGCAAUGCCUGUCUGUACUACUGGGGCUCUUCAUUUGAAGGUCUGGGUUUCUCAGAAUGGACCUAUGAUGGGACAGGCAAUAGUUAUUUUCGCUGCUACUACUUUGCUGUGAAGACUUUGCUGACCAUUGGUGGCCUGCCAGAACCCACAACACUUUUUGAGAUUGUGUUUCAGCUCAUCAAUUACUUUAUUGGAGUGUUUGUGUUCUCCAUCAUGAUUGGUCAGAUGAGAGACGUUGUUGGUGCAGCGACUGCGGCUCAGACAAACUAUCGUGCCUGUGUGGAUAACACAGUGAAGUACAUGGCUUCCUACCGCAUCCCUAAAGAUGUGCAGAACAGAGUGAAAACCUGGUACAGCUACACCUGGCAGUCCCAAGGCAUCCUGGAUGAACAAGAGCUACUAGAUCAACUACCUGACAAGAUGAGGCUGGAUAUAGCCGUGGACGUCAGCUACAACAUUAUCAGUAAAGUGCCACUCUUCCAGGGCUGUGAUAGACAGAUGAUGUUUGACAUGCUGAAGAGUCUCAGAUCAGUGGUGUACCUUCCUGGAGACUAUGUCUGCAAGAAGGAUGAAGUGGGCCGUGAGAUGUACAUCAUAAAGGCAGGAGAAGUCCAGGUAGUCGGUGGCCCUGAUGGAAAGACAGUGUUUGUGACCCUGAAAGCAGGAGCUGUGUUUGGAGAGGUCAGCUUGCUUGCUGUGGGUGGAGGAAACCGGCGGACAGCUAAUGUCGUAGCACGUGGUUUUUCUAACCUUCUCAUCUUGACCAAAAGGGACCUGAAUGAGAUCAUGGUGCACUAUCCAGUGUCCCAGAAACUGCUGCGCAAGAGAGCAAGGAAAAUGUUAAUGAAGGAUAAAAAGCCUGCUGAGAAGAAAGAGGAAGAAAAGGAGCCCAUCUCGAUUAUUCCUCCUCGUGCCGAGAUGCCCAAACUGUUAAAAGCAGUUCUGGAGAUGACAGAGAAAUCAGGAAUGAAAGGAACAUGGUCCAAACUUAAGGAUAGGAACAAUAGAUUGAGUGUCUCCUUGCAGCACUCCAUCUCUUCUUCUGUGGCACCCAACUCACCAGUCCAUGAACCGUUCUCAGAUCAAGAUGCAGAAACUCUGUCUCAGAUAUCAGACACCUCAAUGCAAAUCCCCACAACCCCCACCAGCGCUGGAGACGGGAAUGUAUUUGCUGAAGAGGGUUCAGCGGAGGAGGAAACUAAAUAGCAAAGAAGUAAUCCAGUGGCAGAUAAAGCAGCUAUGAAGUAACCCAGACAGCUGAGACUAUCAAAAUAAUUAGCAGGACACUGUUGUGUUCAGUGUUUUGCUUCUGAAAUGGGUCAUGAGGUCAGGUGAACUCAGGAAUGCACAAAACUGUCUUCUCGUUUAGUUUUCUCAUUCAGAAUAUAUAUAGUAAUAUAUAUAUAUAUAUAUAUAUAUAUAUACAGAAUAUAUAUACUAAUGAUACAGUAAUAAGCAGAAUAUAACUUCUCAUACAUCAAUAAGCUAACAUAGUAGCAUAAACCAUGAGGUCAACCCAGGAUGUCUGGUUGCUUUUAGCUUUGGUCUUUGGUUUGAUAAGUGCCUUAAUAAACCCUAAACACUGCACUGUACACACCCUCAGUGCUCACUGCUAUAUGACCUCAUAUAUUUUUAGCAUUAUGUAGCAUUUCUUCCCAGUUUUACAAAGUAUAUCCCAGUGUCCUGAGGGUUCACUGAUUUUCAGCUGUCUGGCCUGUUUGAAGCACAGUAGGUCUAAACUAAAGAUGUUACAUUAAUAUGAUAUGCACAACUACUUUGUAACAUUUUCUCUGAAUAAACUGCAUCUUUUGGAA